AUGCCGUCCUACAACGACCGCGGAGGCUUCACGCCUCGCCCGCCCCAGGAAAGUUCUAGAAGGAGCUCUGCGCCCAGCAGCACGCUCGAUUAUGAUGAAAGCGCUUCCAUGGCGAGAGGGUUCGGGGGAGAUGCGACAUGGGAGCCCAAGAACGACGCGAUGCUGGAAGAGAGAAGGAAGAAGGCCAUCAGGGAGAGAGAAAGAGAGGCCGUAGCAAGGCAGAGACAUAAAGAGAUGCUUGAGAGGAAAAGACAAGAGCAGUUGAAGGCGAAAGCUGAAGCAGAGAAGGAGAUGAAGAAGAGGGAAGAAGAGAUGAAGGCGCAGGACGACCAGCGGAAGAAGGAGAUCGAGUUUGCAAGGUUGCAGAGACUAAGACAGAAGGAGAUGGAGGAGGCGGAGCGGGAGGCGGAGAAGAGGCGACAGGCCGAGCUGACGAUGAAGAGGGAGAAGGCUCUGCAGCACCUUGAUUCGCAGAGGUUGCGUGCCGCGGAAGAACAGCGGCGGAAGCGGGAGAUGAUAUUGGAGAAGAGACAGCAGGCUGAGAGACUGCGCGAAGAGACUCAAAGAUUCAAUUCUUACUCAGUUACAAGGUAUGAGGAAAGACUGAAAGAAGAGAGUCAGAGAAGGUCCGAUAUCGUUGCUGCAAUCGCAAGACACAGUAAUCAGCAAGACGAAGAGUUGGCCGAGCUGGUUCAAAUCAAACGUGAGGAAACGAGACACAGACUGCUCGAAGCAAGGCACAGGGUUGAAUUGCUGAUUAUGGAUGAACAUGAUCAUACGCUCAGUCUUGAAGAGGCUGAAGGAGACUUCUCGAAGUUGAAGGCUCAUCAAGAGGCUCUUACUCGCCUGGUCACUUCCAGGUAUGACAGCGAAGUCUACGACAAGGCUGUUGUCAACAUCCAAAGAAUAUUCCGCGGAGCUCGAGAUCGACUCAUCGUGAAGCAGCGCAAGUCGACGGUCUACGAGCAGAGGCUGGAGGAGGCAGCAGUAGCGAUCCAGUCAAGGUUCCGAGGGAUGAUGUCUCGAACGGAGAGGAAGAAGAAGACGCAGAGGAUACACAGCGAGAGGGAGCAAGCAUCAAUCAAAGUGCAGUCGCUCUUCAGGGGCAUGAAAGACAGGAGGAGGGCGCAGGAGCUGAGGGAGGAGAGGAGGCACGAGGAGCUUGUGCAGCGAUCGAUCAUGAGGAUUCAAGCAUGGUGGAGGGCUCUCAAGGCGAAGCAGAUGAUGAGACUGCUGAAAGAGAUGGAGGAGCUUCAGCUCAUCAACUUCAAGAAGGCUCAAGUGCAGCAGGAGAGCAAGAAGGUGAAGACCAAACCCUCCAAGCCCAAAGUCAAGACCGCACUCAAUGAUCACAGCACCUCCGGUUUCCUCUCGUCAGCCUCGUUCGUGGACAUGGAUUGGGUGACGAGGGAACAGCAUCGAGCACAUCAGAGAAAGGCGAAGUUGGAGUUCGAGAUGAACCGCAAGAGUGGAGGAGAGCUCACCAAGAUCUACCUCGACCCCAUCGGACCUCGAGGGAGGGGCGGGCCCCGGCAGAAGAGGAUGUUCAUUCCCCUUCCAGCCACCGAGAAGGCUGUCAGCCUCUACCGCAUCCCCUACAACCUCUCCGGUGACGUCAGCACCUCCGACCUCCUCCGGGAUGAGCACGACCCUCGGGCUCUCAAGAUCAAGCACGAGGUCGACCUUAAGGCUAUCCCGCGGCCUAUGGGAGAGGCUCCAGCGUACGCGAGGCAGAAGGACGGGAACUUCCCCGACCUAAACAGAGACCAGCAGUCUAACUUCACCCCCCGAUGUAGCCCCGACGCUCCUGCUGUCAGCUUCAUCUAA